AUGACAAUUUGUCAAUUUCUUAAAAAAAGGUUUCAAAACUUAAAAAUGAGAGAUUAGAUUUGCUUUGUUAAGAUUUUUGCUUUUUCAAUUAGUUUUUUAUUGAUUGGCUCAUUUUAUAUUGUUUAGAAAAAUGUGAUUAUUGGAAUAUAUGAAAAUUCAUCUUACAUAGUUUUGUAACGCUAAGAUAGAAUGGCACUUAAGCUUUUUCUUCCAUAAUUAAACCAGUAUCUCAUAUCCAAAUAACAUCAAAGUAAUCGUUUAUUUUAUUUAUGAGGAAUAUAACUUUUAACAAGCUUAGGAACACUUUACUAACAACUGGAUAAUUUUCAUAUAUCAGAAUAAUUUAAAGAUUCUAUUAAGUGUUAAAUUUUAGAAGAGAAAAAUUUUUUAUUUUAGUUACCAGAACUUUGUUUUGCAUGCUAGCUUUGUAAAGAUGGCAAUAAAUUACCAUCAAUGGAAAAAUAUCAAAAUUUAUCUAAAUUCUCUCGAUUAAUAUCUGAAUAUAUCCUAUUAUUUGAUACAUAAUAAAAUAACAGAAUCUUUUAUAUUGCAACUGGAGAUAUUUAAGCUGGAUUUAUUUUUCCUUAAAUCAUUUAUGAUUGGUCAUUUUCUCCUUAAUCUAAAGAUUGGUUUGUAAAUCAUUUGAAUAAAUACUAAUAGGAUUUAAAUUAGAAAUACUUUUUUUCUUAACUUUACUUUUCUGGAACUCAAUUCAUCUAUAAAUAAACUAUAUCUUAUUCUUUAGAAAAUUAAUACACAAAAAGUUUAGAUGCAAUAGCAGGUACUGAUAUAGAUGCUGAAGACCCUGAUAUGAAAUUAAUUUAAGCUAAUACUUAUUUGUUAAAUGAAUAAGGUUAGAUUAUUUACAGAAAUGUCAAUCUAAAUCUUUCAGUAACUGAAUUAAAUUUUAUUUAUGAAGAAAAUAAAACUGGAUUUAAUCAAACAGAUUGGAUUCAAAUUUUAAACUUAGCAAAUAAUUAUCCAAGCAUUUCAAAUUGCUUACAAGAUGAUAAUCAAAUAUUAUGUAGAUAUAAUUCGAUCUAUAAAAAACCUAUUAAGAUAGUAGCUAAUUAAAUUCCAGGCAAUUUCACAUUAAUGAUGUAAACUUAAGUUACAUUAUUAUUAGGUUUACUAAUGCUAGUUUUGAAUAAUUGUUACAAUAAAAUUUUCUUUAGCUUGAACUUUUAGUUUAAUAGGUAAAUUAAUAGGCUUUAUUUACUUAAAUUAUAAUAUCUUGUUCAUUAAUUACAAUUUCAAUGAUUAUUGUUAUUUUCAUGUUUCGUCCUAUUCUUCGAGUAAUGAUUACAGCUAAAAUGUAUAUUAAAAAAAUGGGUAAUAAUUUAGAUAAAGAAAUAUUUAAGUUAAUGAAUUCUAAAAAAAAUGGUUAAGGUGUUUUUAAUAACUUAGAAGUAUAAAUUGUAAACUUCAGCGAUAUUUUAUCUAGAAGCCAAUAAUAAAAAGGAAAAAUUUGUAAAUAAAUGGAAGAAUAUCAAUAUUAAAAAAAAAUAAUUUAACCUAUCGAAAUAGAAUUAUUAUCUGAAUGCGCUAAAACGAAAUUAACCAAUCAGAUAUCUAUUUCAACUCAAACUUUACACGAAAUGAUUAAACAAUUAUUAAAAUAAUUUAAUUAAUAUAAUCACGUUGUUUAAAAAAAUUGA